GGCCGAAGCAUUUUGCGAAGCGACUCCUUGUGGGCCGCACAUCCGCACAACGCGGCGUCCGGCUUACCCCUUUUACUGUCUAACCGUUCUCUAUAUUUAAGUUUAAAUUUUGUGAAUGUAGAAAUAUUAAUAAUUAGCAACAUAAUGUUAAGAAUUAAAAUAAUAUUUUUUUUCAUAUAUAACCUGACGUUUAUUUCCGGGAGUGUUUCCGAUGUUCGUAAAGGAUUUUUCACAAGGGAUGGCGAACUCUAUACUGAUGAUGCAGUUAUUAUAGAUGCGUCAGUUAGCCGAGUAAGGCGCCACGAAUCAAACGGCACUCGAGAUGCGAAGCAAAUGUUGUUAUUACAACUAAGACAGUCAGAUGGAGAGUUCGGCUUGGAGUGCGAGACAACACUCGGAAAAAAAGGGACAUGUAAAAGCUUCCGGGACUGUUACCCUCUAUUCAAAGUAGCAGAUUUAUCCGGAUGGGACGGAUGGGUCAUGGGCCAUUACGAUACAUGUAGCUAUAUUAACAACGACAACACGGAGGUAUUUGGCGUAUGCUGCACAGAACCUGUUGGCACACCUCCGCAGCAAGAGCCUGAUGUACAACGUUUGGGCAUCCUCCCGCAAGCCCUACCUGUGCCGAUACCGCCCAUGCAAUUAUCCGGGUUUUCCAGCGGAAUUCUACCUGGUCUCUUCCCAAGUAACAUCAAUGUGAGGCAAAUACCAGCACAGUGGCCACCGACGCUGCCACCAUUACCAACGCAUCCACCUGAUCACACUGCCCCCACGCACCCACCCUCAAUUGUUGCAGGUGUGACGACAAAGCCUCCAAAAGCACCGGCCUCAACAACAUGGGCCACGAAGCCUCCAAGUACCACUAAACAGAGUUGGCCUCCUAUGUAUCCAACGCAGCCCAGUAAACCACCAACUAGGCCACCGACUAAGCCGCAACAGCCUGCACAUGAUGGCAGCUGUGGAAUUAAAAAUGGCGCUCAGACUUAUCUUCAAGACGAAGAGAGGAUUGUUGGUGGUCAUAAUGCAGAUUUGAAUGAGUGGCCUUGGAUCGUAGCUCUCUUCAACUCUGGUCGACAGUUCUGUGGCGGGUCAUUGAUUGAUGACCGUCACGUCUUAUCUGCAGCACAUUGCGUCGCCCAUAUGACAUCGUGGGAUGUGGCGCGUCUAACAGCUAGACUUGGAGAUUAUAAUAUUCGUACUAAUGCAGAAACACAACAUAUCGAGAGGAAGAUAAAGCGUGUAGUGAGACAUCGUGGCUUUGACAUGCGCACUUUGUAUAAUGAUGUUGCCGUACUAACUUUAGACCAAACUGUGCCUUUCACGAAAAAUAUUCACCCAGUUUGUUUGCCAAGCGGAGGGAAAGCUUACUCAGGGCUCAUCGCUACUGUUAUUGGUUGGGGCAGUCUUCGAGAGAGCGGCCCUCAACCAUCGAUUUUACAAGAAGUAUCUAUCCCAAUAUGGGGUAAUCCUGAAUGCCGACAAAAAUACGGUGCGGCGGCACCAGGUGGCAUCGUGGAGCAUAUGCUCUGCGCCGGCAAGGCCAGCAUGGACUCAUGUAGUGGUGAUAGUGGUGGCCCGCUGAUGGUGAACGAGGGAGGUCGCUGGACACAAGUAGGCAUCGUAUCCUGGGGCAUAGGUUGCGGCAAAGGACAGUAUCCCGGUGUUUACACGCGCGUCACAGCUUUUUUGCCUUGGAUACAAAAGAAUUCGAAGUAAAGCAAAAUAAAAACCAGGAAGCAAUAUGUCGAUAUAAUUUUCUUAUAAGCGAAAUUGCUAUAAAACGACCGUGGCAUACUGGAUUUUGUAUAUACAUCAAUUCUUUUGAGAAAGACAAUUAGAGUUUCUUGCCUUUCUUAAUAAGUUGAAGAAACAAAUCAGGCCACACAAGUUCGAUUAGCCAUAGCAUAUUUAACUAAACGAAAAAUACGGAAAUGUUCCAUUUUAUGAAUAAAAAUUUCAUAAGUUUAA